AUGAAGACGAAUUGGUCGUCGUUCGUGUUGCCGAUCGGCAGGCUGAGCGAGUACAGUUCUUUGCGCAAGUUGCUCAUCGAGAAAUGGAAGAUAUACGAUGGACAGUUCGAUCGUCGUCAAGCAGCGCCGAGGUUUGUGAUAAAGCCGCAGUCCGCCUUCUGCUACGAGGGUCAGUCUGUGAAGCUGUACUGCCGCGUGGUUGCCUGCGCCACACCAACAGUCACCUGGUCCCGUAACAACCGCGAACUGCGACAAUCUGUUAAAUUUAUGAAGAGAUACUCCGGCAACGAUUACUACUUCAUAAUAAAUCGCACGAAGUUGGAAGAUCGCGGAGAAUACAUCAUCCGCGCUGAGAACCACUACGGCUUCCGCGAGGAGGUCGUCUUCCUCAACGUGCAGCCGGUGCCGCGAGUGCAGCGCCAGCCGCCGGCCGAGGCGCCGCGUCGUCGCGAGCCUCUGCCUUACACCUUCUGGCAGGAGUCCAGCGAGACUGCCCCCGCCUUCACCUUCCAGCUGCGACCUCGUGUGAUGCAGGCGCGCGACACCUGCAAGCUGCUCUGCUGUCUCAGCGGCAAGCCCACGCCCACUGUCAAAUGGUACAAAGACAAGCGAGAGCUGUCCAAAUACGAUUACAAUAUGACGCACUCGGAUGGUGUGGUUACGAUGGAGAUCGUGGACUGCAGGCCAGAAGACAGCGGCAAGUACACCUGCGUCGCCACCAAUGUACACGGCACAGACGAGACCUCAUGCGUCGUUAUUGUUGAAGGAGAGGUAAUAAGUGCGGAGCAAGCGCAGUUAGCGCACAAUUUCCUGCACUCGGGUGAUCGCCGCUAUAUUGAGAAACCGCUCAAGCCUGCGCCUCAGCCCAUCAUCACCAAGACAAAGGUGACAAUCGAUCCGCCGAGCAAGUCGCAGGCGCAGGCGCCGCGACCUAAGUAUUCACCACAGAACUCCAUCGAGCCAAGCAAGAAGAAGUACGGAGCUAAACUAGGAGACUCUGACUCCACAUCCUCGCGAUCUAGAAGCGCUACUAAGGAACUAGUCUUGCCUGCAUCCGACUCGUCGAUGUGCGCGCCAUCUUUCGCCCGUGCUCUGCCGGAUGCUGUGACUGCGCGAGAUGCUGCACCUCUGCUGCUGUCGUGCAGUGUACGAGGUGACCCCGACCCGCGCGUUGAAUGGUACAAGGAUGGUCAGCCGCUGCACUCCUCUGAGGUGGUGGACCUGAAGUACAAGAAUAGCGUAGCAUCGCUGGCUAUCGCGGAGGUGUUCCCCGAGGACGAGGGUGUGUACUCGCUGAAGGCCAUCAACAGUCAGGGCGAGGUUGAGACCAAGUGCAAGGUCACCGUCAAACCGGCGGAGAGCGCGCCCUCUGGCGGUGUCAAGUUCGGAGACAAGCCGCCCAGGAUCGUGGACCACGCUGUGUCACAGAUCGUCAAUGAUGGUGAUGCUGUCACGCUGUCCUGCAGGAUCGUGGGCGCGGAGAGAUUCGAUGUGGUAUGGCUCCACAACUACAAGGAGAUCAAGCCCUCCAAGGACUUCCAGUAUUCCAGUGAGGCUAACAUACACAAGCUACACAUCGCUGAGAUAUUCCCAGAAGAUGCAGGUGUAUACACAUGUGAGGCGUUCAACGACGCGGGAGAGUCGUUCUCGUCGUGCUCGCUGGUGGUGCAUGUGUCGGGAGAGCAGACAGCCACCCCGCAGUACACCACCUUCCCCACAUCCACCACCGUCGGUACAGGAGAACCAGCACUCUUCACUGCGCAGUUGGAGCAGCCACCACUCCAAUUGCAAUGGCUGAAGGACGGUAAACCUAUCGACGAGAGUUCACCGCGUUACAACUUCACAAUGGAGGGCGCCACGUACCGCCUUGAAAUUACAAAAUGCAAUUCCGACGACAGCGGACAAUAUCAAGCACGAGCAGUCGGCAACAAGGGAGACUCACUCGCCGCUUUCUAUCUCAAAGUCGUCGAUAACUAGAUAAGGACUGACUGGACCCAAAUUACACCCUUGUGGUACACCAAGACUUUAUACAAAUCUACAGCUAAAUUAAUCACUAAUAUCAUACUGGAAUACGAUUUUUAUACAAUUCGGAGUCUAAUAGUGUAAAGGAGUUUUUUUAUAUUAAAUUAUUUAUUAUUUAUUAAUAUAUUAAGUAAAUAAAUAAGUGUUACACCCUAUCGAAUGCCUACGAGAAGUCGCUUGGAAGAUGGAAUCCUCGCUCUCUAGUCAACUUUAACUUUUAAAUGUUAUUUUUUAUUUAUUGUCGACAUUAUCAAUUGUUAUGUUGUUUAUUUAACAGAAUAUCGCAGCUUCUCUUUGAAAAUUUUAUAAAGCUUGAAGUUAAUCAAUGUUGCUUUAGUUUUGUACCGGCGUUGUGCGAGGGCGCCCUGUCCGCCACCACAGGCCGCUCUCAUCGCCACAUCGCCACAUCGCCAUAUCGCCACAUCGCCGGAACAAAUCUUUAUUAUUUUUAUAUAAAUUGUAUUAUUUAAUUGUACAUAACUUAUAUCAUGCGACAGCGUUAUUUAUAAAU